GGCAUUCAAUUGAUCAAAAAAUGGAAAGCAUCUUUGAAUCCCGUGGAGCAACAGGUUUGGCCACAGUUCUAGCCAUUGGCACUGCAAAUCCACCAAACUGUAUUUACCAAGCAGACUAUCCACACUUCUACUUCAAAAUCACUCGAAGCGAGCACAUGAAAGAAUUGAAAGAAAAGUUCAUACGUAUCUGUCAAAAAUCAGAGAUAAAGAAACGUUAUAUGUACCUGCUGAAGACUGAAGACAUUAUCCAGAAGAACUCUAGCAUAGCAACUUACAAGGCUCCAUCUCUUGAUGCACGUCAAAAAAUUUUAGUUCAUGAAGUUCCCAAGCUAGGUGAAGAAGCAGCUACGAAGGCUAUACAAGAAUGGGGCCAACCUAUAUCGAAGAUUACACAUCUUAUAUUUUGUACAGCUUCAGGUGUAAAUAUGCCUGGCGCAGAUCUUGAGCUUGUCAAGCUUCUUGGACUUCAAAAUUCUGUGAAAAAAAGAUUCAUGAUGUAUCAACAAGGUUGCUUUGCAGGAGCUGCAGCUCUUCGUCUUGCUAAAGAUAUUGCUGAAAAUAAUGUUGAUUCACGAAUUCUUAUCGUCUGCUCCGAGAACAUGACUGUGAGUUUUCAUGCCCCUUCAGAUACCCAUUUGGAUAUUCUUGUUGGCUCUGCAAUUUUUGGCGAUGGAGCUGCAGCAAUAAUAGUUGUAUUUGGUUCUACCCCUUCCACUUCGGAGCGCCCGUUGUUCCAUGUUUUGUCUGCAUCUCAUAAACUUAUUCCGGACUCAGAAAAUGGAAUAGUAGGACACACUCGUGAAAUGGGAUUAUCUUAUUACGUCUUGUCUCGAAGUGUGCCUCAACUUAUUGAAGAUAAUAUUGUGCAAUGCUUAUCUGAAAUUUUUGGAAGCAAUAAAGAUUGGAACUCAAUAUUUUAUGUGGUUCACCCUGGUGGUCCAACCGUACUCAACGGGCUCGAACGGAAACUUAGUCUGACAAAACUGAGGCUUAGAGCAAGCCGUCACGUAUUGAAUGAAUAUGGAAAUAUGUGGGGUCCAAGUGUCUUCUUCAUUCUUGAUGAGGUGAGAAAAAAAUCUGCAGUGGAAGGAAAGGCUACUACUGGAGAAGGAUUGGAUUUGGGUGUUCUGUUAGGAUUUGGCCCUGGUCUAACUCUGGAGACUGUUGUAUUGCGUAGUGUUGCUAUUUAUGGAACUGAUUAAGCCACUACUAAUUUAUCAUCCAAUAUGAUGUAGUUAAUUAGUAAAAACUACCGAUUUUUAUGUGUGUCAAUUUUUGAUUAUCAAGACAAGAACAUAUUAUUUAA